AUGCAGGAGUGCGGAUGCGGCAUAGUAUUUGGUACUGACCCCUCCGGCUCCCUGGUGUGCCGAUCCUUCGUUCCUGGAGGUCCAGCGGAAGCGUCCGGUCUCGUUCAAGUCGGAGACAUCUUGGCUUCGGUCGAUGGCUGUGAUGUUCUACGGAAACCUGUUGCCCAGGUUGCUCCGCUCCUGCUGGGAAAGACGGGCAGCCGAGUGCGACUGGGCUUGCAGCGAAGUGGAACUUACCUCGUGGUGGAGCUGGAGAGAAGGCCUUCCACGCCUGCUGGAGCCCUCACUGCGUUCAUGAGCGCGAUGGGUGAAAACGGCAACAAAACUCGAUGA